AGCAAGCGCCUGAGCAGGGCCUGGACAGGUUCAGCUACGACUAUGAGACCAUCCGCAACGGGGGGCUGAUCUUCGCCGUCGUAGCCUUUGUCAUCGGGCUCCUCAUCAUCCUCA